AACAGGUCGAAGCCAAGUUUGAGCAAGCCAAAGCUAAAGGGACACAGCACAGAUAACGAAAGCUUUGCGUUGCAAUUGGAACGUUGUGCCCCCUCUCCUGCUACAGGGCCCCUAAGAAGCCCCCUUAUUGGAGGGCUCCCUGGGAGCUUGCUCCUGAUUGGCCAGCAGGCUGCCUCCUUGCAACUGCCUCAACUCAAAGCCCAGCUCGCACUCACGCAGAUAAACCACGUUUUCUUUUUUUUCGGUGGCCGAGCUGCUACCUUGACAACCAACAUCUACUCCCUAUCGCAACAUCCCCCUCCCCUACUGCUGCGGCCUUUAAUCUCCUCAACCUUCUGAAGAUUGCGAACACCAUGUCUCAUCCCCUGUAUAACCCCUAUGCUUCUGCAAACCAAAGAUCCACCCAGGGGCAAUAUGGACUCCCUGGUAUACAGGCAGAGAGAGACCCUCUAAGGGCAUCCCCUCAUAUGGGGCCCGGCCCCAGCUCUUCUGGAGCUUCUUCUGGGACUUCCGCCAACUCUGGGGGGAUGCAUCCAUCCAUGGGUCCCCAGUCAAUGAACUACAGGCCUGAACGUGGUAGGCCCACAAUCGAUGAGGACAUAGAGAGGUCCAUAGACAUGCAGAUUAGCAGAGCCAGAGAGGAGGUGAGGCUUCUCAGCACACCAAUGCAUCAGCCUACAGGUCAGGGCACUUACUUCACCUCUCAAAGGAAUGAGUUGCUCUCCUCAGGCACAGGGGCGACCUCCUACUCCAUGUCUUCAACCUCUGCCUCUCUCGGACAUUUGGCUAGACAUUCAAAAGCUGAAAGUGGCAGUGGUUCUUUGGACUUGUCGGAUUACAAGAGACCCACUGCUGAUGACCCCUCUAAAUUGUAUUCAUCAUCCGCUUCUUCAUCCAGCUAUGCAGCUAGUGGGGACUUUAGGUUUAAUACCUCCAGUGGAAGAGAACGUGAUGUGUCCAUUCCAGGUUUAGGAGACUAUGACUACCCAGUGCAAGACAAACCUGCAGCCCCUACAGAGUCCAGUCGUCCCAAAUACACCUCAGAAUCAGCUGCCAACAUCCUUCUGCAUUUUGGACUUGAAAAAGAGGACUUGGAACAUCUGAUUGCCUACCCUGAAGACCAGAUGACACCUGCUAACCUGCCAUUUAUUUUGCGCCAACUCCGCAUUCAGAAGGCCAAGAGAACUUCAACUGCAGGUCAGUCAAAACCAUACCCUGAACCCCCACCCACCCGAAGCAUAAGUGGAAUGGACAGUUUUAGUAGUUCUGGAGGGGCAGGAAUACACCAGGAGGAGACAUCAUCUUCUAUUCUCCAGCCAAGUAAAGUGAUUGACUAUGGACAUAGAGGCAAAUAUGCUGGAGGAGUUGGAGAUGAGAUUGGAAGGACCGGUGGCAGUAGACCUAAUAGUGGUGGGAUGAAGGACACUUUUCAAAGUGGCAGCCACAGUUGGGACCCACUGCAAAAAAAUACAGUAGCAGGAAGAAGCAGUACCUUGGGUUCUUCCCAUGAUCAGGCGAGUUCUCUUACCAGUCUGGGCUCUUCAUAUAGUUCAAUACUAAGCUCUGUGGCCCCCUCAAGCAAUGACCCAAGCAAACGAUUGCAGACCCAACAAAACCAGACUCCUCAAAAAAUCCUCAGCUCUUUCUCUCUCCCAAAGAAAGAUACUGACAUCAGAAUUUUCAAGACUGAAGCCUCCAGACCUAUUCCUUUGAAAGAACCAGAGGUCAACCAACACCCUAAGCCAAAAACUCAAACAUCCUGCACUCUGCUCCGCGGUGUGCAUCCCAGCCGACCUGGCCUUGUAGUCAUUGGCAGUAAUGACAGCAGCGGUACUAAGGAUCAGUGUAAAACUCAAGUACAAGCUUCAGUGGUUGCUGAACAGAUAAAAAAGCAGCAGGAGUUACAGUCAAUGCAGCAGCGACAGCAGGCACAGACUCAGCAGCAACAGCAGACACUGAAGCAGCAGGCACAGAAACAACAGGCGCAGACACAGCAGCAACAGACAGCGCUGAAACCAGCAAUAUCACAUUCACAGAUGGGGCAGACAGUGCGGCCAACAGUUCUGUCCGCAGCAAAACCAGUUCCAACAGUUCCCCUUGCUUCUCAUAUCCCCAGCAUCACUGAUGUCGUGAGGCGUCCAUUGUUUAACCCCACCCCCCACCAUCGAACUGUUAUGGUUCCUCCUGGACCACCGCAGCCAAUGCCAAUGAACUUUAUUCAUACAACGCUGCCACCCACCAACUCACAGCCUCCAGCAAAGGUGACAGUUUCCAAAGCUUUGCCAACGCCAGCCAUGAUGCAUGACUACGCAGCAGCCUCGCCCAGAAUCUUUCCACAUACCUGUGUUCUCUGUAACAAAGAAUGUACUCAUAUGAAGGAUUGGAUCUGUCACCAGAACACCAGCCUUCACCUUGAGAGCUGCAAACUCCUCCGCAGACAAUACCCACAGUGGGAUGGUGAGGUAGCUGUCGGGCCAAGAGUUGCAAGCAAAGACAUCAAGCCCUCCCCCUCAACCUCUGCACAUACUACCCAGUAUCGUCGCCAGAAAACCAGGCAUGACAGCCGCUCCCGCUCCCCGAGUCCACGGCGUCGCCAUGGCUCAGAUGGUAGAAGGGAGAAACACAGGAGCCGAUCACGAUCACCGCGCAGCUCCAGAUACGCUCACAGGUCCUGGUCUGAUUCACACAAUCGUUCUCGCUCCAGUUCCCCUGCCUCUUCAUCCCACCGCUAUCGCUCACGUUCAAGAAGCCACGAGAGACGAUCAUCACCACGAAAAGGCUACGAAAGACGAUCGCCACGGAGGAGUGAUGAGAGACGAUCAUCACCAAGGAGAAGCCGUGAGAGACGAUUGUCACCAACAAGAAUCCACAACAGGCGAUCAUCACCAAUGAGGAGCCCGGAGAGACGAUCACCACCACUAAGGAGUGACGACAGGCGAUCAUCACCAAGGAGGAGCCCAGAAAGACGGUCGUCACCACAGAGAAGUCAUGAAAAACGAUUGUCCCCAACAACGACACAUGAGAGAAGAACAUCUAACAUCACCCCUGACAGGUCAUACACCCAACGAAAGAAGUCAAGCGCAGCAGACAGACUGGCUAAGAAACUGCUGGAAACAUCAGGUGUCCAGUCCCUGUCAAACCAGUCUGAUCUUGAGGCUGUGGUUAAAAGUCUGGCUCCUGCCUUAAUGGCUGAGCUGAAAAAGAUGAAUUCCUCCCCCUCUACUUCCCAAGGAGGAAAACGCUCCUCACCUCCACCCUCUACAAGCGGAAAGAAAUCAUCCUCUGCUGCCUCUUCUUCAUCCUCCUGUUCUAUAGCAAAGAAGGAGGUGACUAUAGCGAAGGUCAGCCCGCUGAAGAGUGAGAGUAGUUCAUCUGCAAAGGCUAAGGCUGGUAAAUCCUAUCCUCCAUCUAUGGUGAUACUAGAGAAUGUUCAUAGUUCCAUCUCUCACGAUGAGGUAGUCACUCAUAUGGAGCACUUUGGAAAAACCAAAUCGGUUUUACUGUAUCGUAAAGUGCAGGAGGCAUGUGUGUGUUUUGAGAAAGAGGAAGAUGCUAUGAAAUUGAAGAGCACAAAGAACCUCACCAUAAAAGGAAUUCAAGUCUAUGUUUUCAAACAGAAGGCGCACAUGAAUCCUCUUCAGAGAAAACUUACCACAUCCAGUGUCUCCACACCUCAAACCACUAAAUCCACCACUAGCACCACCAGAAAAGCACUCCUUCCUACAUCUAAGAGGCCUCCACUUACAGUGCCUAAUAAGAAGAUUGCUGCCAAAAGUCAAGCAACUGUCACUAAAGCAAAAGUCUUGGUUUCCAAGGCAAAAAAUGUCUCAACAAGGCAGAUUGCCAAAAAAGUAAAAACAGGCAAGGUAGCUGCAAAGGGAGCUGUGACAAAAGUUUUGGUAAAACAAAAGCCUGUGGUUCCAAAAAAUCCAUCUGAUGGUGCAUCUGAAAAAUCUGAAAUCACUGUUAAAGAAACAAUGGUGGUGCCAAAAGAAACAGCCGAGGUUGAUAAAUCAGCAAAUACAUCUGUUGCUAAAUCAUGUAAAGGCACCAAAAUGGUCACUGAAGAACAGGUCUCUGCUUCCAAGGUGGAAACAACCUCAUCUAUGCAGAAACCCAAAACUCCACCAGGCAAAUUGACUGCUGCAGGAGCCAUGACAAAAGAAAAGGAAGAAGGAAUGGCUACAAAGCCCCAAAGUAUACCAUCCAAAUCUACAGCUUCAGAAAAUCACCAUGAAGUACAGACUUCUAAGCUGGAAGAUUCUGAUACCAGGAUUCAACUAUCUGUGAAACCUGCAGCAGAUAUUAUUCAAACCGCAAAUAUGACAGUUUCUGAACCUAAGCACCAAGCAGAACUUGCCAAGGCUGAUGUUGAAGCAAAAGAGGUUAAAGACACUGAACCUAUGGAGCGUGGGCAAACAGGAGUGAAGGUGGCCGAGCCCAUGGAAGAUGAGGGCAAUAGUGAAAAACCAAUGGCUACAGAGGCUGUACCUGAAAUUCCAGCAGCCAGAUCCAAUGAGAGUCAACCACUAACCAGUACAGUUGAGACUCAGCCAGAUGUUUCUCUACCAAUACCUCCUCUAGAUAAUACUCCUAAAUCAUGUGGAGACACCAAUACUCAGACCCCACAAACCACCAUCAAAACUUCAGAAACAUCUGUCACAGCGUCUUUAACGUUCCAGCAGAACACCUUGCCAGAACCAGAGUCCACUGGAAAAGAGCUUGAGACAAAAACGGACACUUCACACGUGGAUAGGCAGGUGGCAGGAAGCCCACUUCAAGCUGCUGCGGAGACAAUGUUAACAGAUGGAGCCGUGGACACAAAAACAAUGCAAAAAGAUCUUGUGACAGCAGUGAAGACAGAAAUGAAUGCCACAUCAGCCAAAGAUGCCUCUAGUACCUUGAUUGAGGUGGCCACAUCUGUCACAACUGCAUCAACAGCUGCAGCGGCGAAAGAGCAACCAACUUAUACAACUACAGUCACACAUCUGACUGUUGGGGAUAUGGCUGAAAAGCACCUGCUUAAAAACAGAAUAAAUUGCCUCAGUAGAAAAACCUGCUUCUCACCACGUUUUUUCUCACUUUCAAAGAAGCAGUUGCUCAUAACCAACCUGCCUAAAUAUCACGAUGGCUCCUACACUGAGGCGGACCUCACCCAGGCGCUCUUGCCUUUCGGAUUUCGUUAUGAUGAAUCCACCAUCCAUGUCUUUCCUCAGGCGUGCAUGGCUUUUGUCACGAUGGCGUCACCAAAAAAUGCACUGGAUGUGAUUAAAACCACCAAAUGGAAGUCUUUAGUUUUCAUGAAAGCUUCAAUUGAUGUGAAUGUCUUGGCCAAUUGCAUCCCAGGGACAAGGCUUGGGUUUUAUAAAUCAGUUAUGAAGAUGAUGAAUUCCCCUUCUGUUGAUAACGGAGAGAGAACUAUCUUCAUCCUCAACAUUUCACCAUCUGAGGCCCGGAACCUCAGAGAAGCUUUGAAAAAAAUUGAUUUUGUCAAAAAUUACCUGCUUCUUCUCAACAAGGUGUAUGUAGAAUUUGAGUCAAAUGAAGAUGCAGAUCGGUUAGGAAUUUGGUUCAGCCUCCUGAAAGAACCUCCUGGCUAUGAAAUCUACAGGCUGAAAGCACCACACAAUGGCUGUACAUCAGUCCGGCCAAGACUUCCUGAGAAAGCUCUGCCGGACAGCAACGAAAUUGUUGCCAGGGCAACUAUUCCAACAACAACGGGUGACGUUCCCCAGGGUAGCGUUUCACCAUUUUGGGUCACUUGGAAAACGAGUCCCUUCCUGUUCCCUACCAUGUCUCCUUGGUUCACCAUCCCCGAUUACCAGACAGUCAAAGUAAUGGAUGACUUUGAGAAGGCCAACCGUCUGGGUUACAUAUUCCCAACAAUCAUGUUGACUGGAUUGCCAGAAGACUACUACAAACAUGAGGACGUCGCCAAGCUGGUCUGGCCAUAUUUUACAAAGCGGAACCUUCACUCCCUUUACUACAACAUCAUAGUCCUCCCGCUACAGAGGAGGGCCUUUGUGUAUUUCGAGCAUUUGAAGGCGUGCAAUGAUUUUGUCCGAGACCAGAUAAAAAAUCCGGUUUCUGUCGGUGGCUACAGAGUCUUCGCUCACUUCCUCCAGGAAGACAUGUAUCCUGCAUCCACAGAGGAGGACAUGUACCACACCAUGAUGAAACUGAACAACAUUUGUGGUCCAGACCCAGAGUCUCUGGCGGAGCGGUUGCUGUGUGUGGAGACCUCUCGGACGACUCAUGACGUCAUUAUAGCAGUUAUGGAAGUGGUGGCAUCGUGUGCUCCUAUUGUCAGCUUCCUGCCGCUGGCCAACAGGAUAUGCAUUGAGAUGGUGGACUCCCGUGGUUUAACGCAGGUGUUGGAGAAACUAGUCAUUUUCUCACAGACCUGCUCGAUUAAUCCAAUUUGGAGUAAAAUUCAGCAUUUUGAAUCUGUGAAGAGCCUAAAACAGCGUCUACAAGAUUCCAGUGAGAACACAAUAAACCUCAAAGUGGACCCACCCAUUGUGAAAUGUCAAACCCAACCUCCUUCCAAACUUAUGAAUGAUGGAUCUCAACUUUCUCUGACUAUGAGUAUCCCUGCGUCUGCUAAACUAGUAGACCCUGCUGGAUCCACCGUUUCCUCAUUGGUCUCAGAAGAACCAAGCACUACAACUGUAAGUGACAUUGCAAUGAAGGAGGAGGAUAAGGAACCAGCAACUGAGAUUGCAGUGGACUCCUCUGUUGGUCCUAAGUUAAAUGAAGAAGUAGAGAAAACAGAAAUAAAGGAGAAGGUGGGGUCACCAAUGACGACAGUGUCUACCGAUGAUGUGAACCCUACCUCUGCAAUUGACAGUGGAAAGCCAGACACCACUGAUUUCAGCCCUGCCCCCUCAACCAAAGAGGUCAUGCCUUCAGAAGACGUUGCAGAACUUCCUCAUAUUGACGCACAAACUUUCAAGGUCCUGACAGCAGCAGUUCAGCAGCACAGACUCACACUGGAGAGCAGGUGGCAGAGCAAGGAGAAGGAGCAGAGUCCAAGCAGAAGCAACACAAGCUCAAAGGAUGAAGACGCAUCUGAAGAAAAGGGUCAAGAUGAUUUUACAGAUGAUCCAAUUUCUUCAGAUGCUAACCUGUUUGAUGAGCUACAUUUCAACAUGGAUGACUUUGUCACUGUUGAUGAAGUUGGUGAUGACCUGAGAGAAACAAGCCCUGACCCACAAAUCUCAGCCAAAUCCGCCUCCACAUCCAAACAGUCCUCUAGAGCAAAAAGUGAAAGACAACACUCUGAUGUGUCAUCUACUGCCAAACGGACUUCAGCAAGGUCCUCAAAAGACUCUAACAGCUCAGCCUAUUCCUCAUCCUCUUCAUACUACUCAUCCAGGUCAACUAGAGGCUCUUCAAAAAGCAGCCCGUCCUCAAGCUCUUCCUUUGCGUCACCAAAAAAGUCGAAGGGCUCAUCUGAGCCCACCAAAUCCCCUGCUAAACCCUCAUCUUCUGCUAGUGUCACUACGGCCUCUACCUCUUCUUCUUCACUGUCUGCUGAAACCCUCUCCUCCCCUGUUCAGAAAAUACAACAGAGAAAGGCAAAAUCGCCAGCGGCAGCAUCAAGCACUACAUCCCCGAGCACCACGACCCGGACAUCCUCGGCUGCACAUGAAAGGGAAAAGAUAACAGCAGCAGUGACUGUCGAGUUAUCAAAAGAGAAUUGUCUGGAACCACUUAGAGGAGAAAUCAAAGCUGCAGACAGUGCAGUGGCAAAUUAUGACCACAAAGUGUCAGCAGAGGGAACUCUUGCAAAAUCUGAUGAGUCAGAGAUAAAAAUAGAAACAUCAUCAGUGAUGCAUCCACCACCACAGGGACAAGGGUUAGACUUGACAAGCCAAGCCCAGAAAGGCUCACCUUUCAUCAGGAAGGAUCCUCAAAGUCUGGAGAUUGAUGAUGACACACUGAAAGACCUGAAGACAAUUGAAGAGGGAGAGAAGGAAGGUUGUGUUGAAAAACAUACAGAAGAAGAGGAGGAGGAUGAAAAGUACCAAAUCCUCGAUUCACUUGAUGACCAAGCAGAUGAACAAAUGGAUGAUGGGGACCAAGAUGGAAGCUGUAAAACUCAGCUAGAGAAAACUCAGGAAAGCUAUCAGGUCUUAGACAGUGUCAACGAUGAAGAGAAAGCCUGCCCAGGGGAGUACAGUGAAUUGGAAAUGGACGAUUCUUUCCAAGUGCUAGACAGUGUUACUGAAGACCAAGCAGCUACAGGUCAAGAGGACAGUCACCUGGUUGAAGAUGACGAUUCCACAGUAAAACAGCUAUCUGAGGAAGAUGUGAUUCCAGUAGUCGACAAAUCAGAUGUUACAUCUGCAGUUGAAAAUGAGGCAAAUAACGAAGGAAAUGUCCAAGUGUUGGAUACAGGGAACAAACCUCUAAAAGGCAGCGAAGAUGGACUGAAGAGAAAAGAGGAAGAGGUCAAAAGCAAAAUGCAUUCAGCAGAAUUCUCCAAAGUUUCCAAAGAGGAUGAAAGCCCUGAUGGCCAAAUCAUAAAUAAAGACCAUGACAACGAAGACACUUUCAAAGACCGUGACAGUGAUGUUACUGAACAUGAAACCUUUGAGAUAUUGGAUUCAAUUGAUGAUCAAAUGGCAACAGACGAUGACAGCCAAAAACUUAGCCCACACAUGGCCGAUAUGCCUGAAAUGUGUAUAGACCAGAUAUCUAAAGAAGACAUAGAAGAAGAGGAAGAUGCUUAUCAGGUGAUUGAUUCUGUGGAAGAUGAACCAACGACUAUUGAGACGGAGUCAGAGAUUGGCUACAAGGACAGAAGAACCAGAAGAGUGGAGACAACUCCUCGAAAAGAUGAGAAACCAACAAGGAGUGGCCUCACAUCCAGAUCAUCCAAAAAUGAAGAGAGGGACAAGUCACCAAAGAAACAUGAUAAGCCGGUUAGAAAGUAUGAAACGAGAACCAGGAAGGACACCACUGCAGGAGUUUCUAAAAACAACAAAGACCUCAGAGAAACCCCUGAGGAGAUAGUGUAUGAGAUUAUAGAUUCAGUUGAAGAUGAACCAAUUCAAGAUGUCACCAGCGCUCCUCCUUCUGGUAGAAGAAGGAGUGCAAGAGGAAAGAAAGACGAUAAACUAACACAGAAUCUUACCGAAGUGUCUGGAAAACCAGACAAGGAUGAGGUAACAUAUGAAAUUUUAGAUUCUGUGGAGGAUGACACUGCCAAAGAUGAACCGACCAUCACAACAAGAUCUACCAGAGGAAAAAGGGAAAGAACAACUAAGACAGAAGCUUUUAAAGAGGACACGCCAACAAGAAGGAGGCACACUCCUGCCAGAGAUUCACAGGAAAGAACACCAAUGAAGGAAGAGAGAAUGCCUCUAAAAGAGAGUACAACAACAAAGAAGAGUGACACUGUCAUGAAAGAGGUAAGUGAGAAAGAGACUACCUAUGAAAUUGUAGACUCUGUAGAGGAUGAGGUUGUUAAGGAUGAUCCACCCGCUACAAGAAGAAAAGGAAAAAGGGGAAGACCAAAGAAAGAGGUUAAAAGGGCAUCAUCAAAGAAGGCUGACAAAGAUUCAUCUGAAAAAGCGUCAGAAGAAGAGGCCACAUACGAGAUUCUCGAUUCUGUUGAGGACGCGGUGGCUGACGAUCAGCUCCCCACAGACAAGUCUGAGAAUGCCAUAAAGGAGACAAUUGCAAACAACAGCAGCAAAUCGCCAAGAAAUGAGGACGAGGAGGAAGAACCUAUGUAUCAGAUAGUAGAUUCUUUAGAAGAUGAUCAAGUUCAAGAGGAGCUGACGACUAUAGAGGAGCCUGAUAAAGGGAGCAAGGAAAAAAGUGAGGUAGAAGAUGAAACUUGCCCAAACGAGGAAGGGAAAACUGCAAAAGAUGACAUAUCAACACAUUCUACUGCUGCAGCAGAGGAGUCCGAAAAGGUGGUUGUCAAGGAAGCAACUCCAUAUCAGAUAGUUGAUGAUUUGGGGAAGGUAAAUGAUAAUCCAUCUGCUGCAGAACAGAAGAUGAAGCAGGAAAGUAAACCUAAAAAAAACAAAUCUCCAACAAAGACCCACAGAAAUGGGGAAAAGUUGACUCAUCAGAAAUCACCCAAGAAAUGUGACGCAACAGCUUCCGCCAGUGCUUUACUGAACCUGGACGAAGUAAGCGAGGAAGAGGAGGAUUACCCCGAUGACACAGCCGAGGAGGAAGACGUGAGGAAAAGGCAAGCAAAAGAGAAGCAGCUCGAUGAAGUAAGCGAGGAAGAGGAGGAUUAUCCGGAUGACUCGGCUGAAGAGGAAGAAGUGAGGAGAAGGCAAGCGGCCGCAAAAGAGAAGCAGCUCGCUAAGCAGCACGAAGGAAGGACGACCAGGGAGCGAAGGAGCCGGAGCAACAGCAGAGAAGCACGAGGAGGCACGAGGAGAACGAAGGAGAGGGGGAAGGAAAAGGAGGAGACGGUGAAGGUAGACGCCAAAGAGCUGGUAACUCUUGAUGAGGUGGGAGUAGAUGAGGCUGUAGAGGAAAGUGUACCGGAGAGCCAAGAGGGCGAUGGAGAGAUCACAGAGGCGGAGCUGCAGGCGUUGGUCACUCUGGAUGAGAUUGUAGAGGAAGAGGAGGAGGGAAAGGCAGAGCAAAAGACAGCGGAGUCCCGUUCAGCCAACCAGGAAGACGAAUCAGUAGACUCCUUAAACCCAGAGACUUUGGUGACUUUAGAUGAAGCAGGCGAUGAGGAGGACAAGAAGGCGGACGAAGAGAGAGCUGUGGAAGCCUCAAGAUCUGCGAAACGCAAGCACGAUGACGACACAGAGGAAAAUGUGAACUUUGUAACAGUGGACGAGGUGGGAGGGAUUGAAGAGGAGGAGGAAAAGGAAGCGGUAACAACCAGGACAGGAAGCAGAACCAAGAAGAGAACCAGACAAGCUCCUGUGAGAAAAUCUACUAGAGGGAAAAAAGUGAGCGAGAAAGAGGAAGAAAAAGAAGAAGGAAAGGAACCGACUGGCACUGAUGCUCCACCUACUGCUUCACUUGACGCCUCCUCAACAUCAGACAAACCGCCUUCGACUGACAGCCAGGUGGAGAUUCAGAAGACAGAUGUGGAAAAAGAGAUCAAAGCUGCGUCUGCUGGGCCUGAUCUGAAACUGGAGCCUCUUAAGAACCAGAACCUGGAAGGAGUUGUGAGUAAAAGGAAGAGCGAUCUAGACGGACCUGAAGCGAAGCGAUCUCGUUCUCAGUCUCCUUGUGUCCCAGCUGACUUCAAACUGCCACCAUUCAAACCAAACAACCCCCUCGGUCAGGAGUUUGUGGUCCCUAAAUCAGGUUAUUACUGUAACCUCUGCUCUGUUUUCUACCUGAAUGAGACGACAGCGAGGGACGUCCACUGCAGCAGCCAGAAACACUACGACAACCUGCAGAAACAUUAUCAGAAGCUUCAAGUGAAACCAUCAGGAACUUCGACACCAAACUCUCUCAGCUCCAUGUCAGAUUAAUUCCAAACUACCAAUUUUAUUUAAUAAUUUUUUUAAUUAAAAAAGAUGAAGCUGAACAAGUGAAAUGUCUGCAGCUUCAUGAGCCGCUGUGGACUGAUUUAUAUAUCAUUACUGUCUGGAGCCUUUCUUUCAUGUAAAUGUUGUUGAUAUAUGUAUAUUUUAGCAUGAAUCGCCCCACCGGGAUUCAAACGCUAGCUUUUUUGUGCCUUGUUCUGCCUUUAAUUGCACAGUUAUAUUGCAUAAUUUAAAAAAAACUGUGAAAAAUAGGUAAAAACUCACUUUUUUAAGGCACUACAUGUUACUCCUUUUUUAAGUUUAGACAACGUUAAGGAGCAGAAUCUAAGCUUGCAAUAGAUUUGUUUCUCUGCUUUUACAGUACAAAACAGAAAGAGGGCGCUGUUCCUCCAGGUCAAAUUGAGAUAUCAGUUUCUGUUCUGACAGCACAAAGCUUAGGAAAACUAUUUGUUUAACCUCUUGUAAAGAUGUAAAGAUAAUCAAGUAAAGAUGUCAAAAGAGGAAGCAGUGUUACUGAUGGGAAAUGUGGUCUGUUGCACACAGAAGAUAAACUAAAUGUGUCAAUGGCAAUGUGAAAAUAGUUUCUGUCAUACACUAAAAAUCAUAGAUAUCAGAAAUGGUAUCUCUAACACUACAAAAAUCAAUUGCGGUACUCCAGUUUCUACACAUGCAAGCAGAUAAUGCUUCUUAUAAUGCUAUGUGAUUAUCAUUUUGAGUUACUUAACAUGUAGUUCAAUGUAAAAACAUAAAAGGUGGCAGACCAAGAAAGCCGUUUUUUAAUUUAGUAUUCCCAUUUCAUUUACUGAAGGCUUUAAGUGUCGUUUCUGUUAGCGAGGGUCCAAUAUGUCGAUUCAUUUCUGUUUUACACUUUGUUUUAUUCUGUUUCUAUAAAAAAUUGAAUUAAAACUUUGAGUGAG